UGGGACUCGGCCUUAAACCCACCCCAAGUCGAAAAUCCCAAAUCAGAGUUCUAGGGUUUUAUCGUCGAUUUUCGAUCAUUCCUCUGUUCGGCGAAAAAUGUUUCCAGGAAUGUUUAUGCGCAAGCCUGACAAGGCUGCUGCUCUCAAGCAACUCCGAUCACACGUUGCUAUGUUUGGCGUAUGGGUUGCUGUAAUUCGAGUCACCCCCUAUGUUCUUCACUACCUUUCCGACGAGAAAGAAGAACUCAAGCUCGACUUUUAGUUUGUGACUGGAGCAUGGGGUUAGGUUUUUCAAAUCACAACUUUUUUCUUCUUCUAUUGAUCCCAUGAGGAACAAAAGGAAGGAGGCUCUUCAUCUUUUUCAUUAUUUUUCAUUUUCACCUUUUAUAUUGAAUCAUAGGCCUAUGGGUAAUAUGGCGCGUGAGACUUGAAACCAUUCCAUUAAAUCACAAGUUGGCUAUGGGGCAGAUAAUGUAGGUUGCAUUAUAGGUAGUUGGUAGACUAUGUUAAUGUGAGAUGCAGAUGGCACUGUCCUUCUAUGCAGCCAAAGUUAUUGCCUCAAUUAUUAUUAUAACUUUGUUCCCAUAUUGAACUCUCUAUGAGUAUAAUGAAUUCCCCCUAGCCAAAGUUAGUGAGAUCA